GGGAUCCCUGGGAAUGCCGUGGGAUCCCUGGGAAUGCCGUGGGAUCCCUGGGAAUGCCGUGGGAUCCCUGGGAAUGCCGUGGCAUCCCUGGCCUGUUCCCUUCCCUCGCUCUGUCCCUCCCUCCCAGCACCAUCCCAGCCUUUCCUUGUGUUUUCCCCCAGCUCAGGAUUCCCAGAGGCUCCUCCUGCCAGGAUUCCUGCUCCCUCACCCCGGCUCUCCCCGUGCCAAGGAUGCCCUUCCCGCUGCUCAUCCUGGCACUCGGCCUGGCAGGUGCCAUGGAGAUCCAGGUGCCCGAGGAGCCCGUGGUGGCCCUGUUUGGCCACGACGCCACCCUGCUGUGCUCCUUCUCUCCCGACGCCAACUUCAGCGUGGCCGAGCUGAGCCUCAUCUGGCAGCUGACGGACACCAAGCGCCUGGUGCACGGCUUCUCGGGGGGCCACGACCAGCUGCAGGACCAGGGCCGCGGCUACGCCAACCGCACGGCGCUCUUCUACGACCAGCUGGCCCGGGGCAACGUGUCCCUGCUGCUGCGCCGCGUGCGCAUCGCCGACGAGGGCAGCUUCACCUGCUUCGUGCGCGUGCGCGACUACGACAGCGCCGCCGUGGCGCUGCAGGUGGCGGCUCCCUACUCCAAGCCCAGCGUGCACCUGGAGCCCAGCAAGGACCUGAAGCCGGGCGACGUGGCCGAGGUGACGUGCCACGCGUCCCGCGGCUACCCCGAGGCCAGCGUGCUGUGGCAGGACAGCCGGGGUGCCAACCUGACUGCCAACGUCACCACGUGGCAGGUGGCCAACGAGGAGGGGCUCUUCGAGGUGCGCAGCGUCCUGCGCGUGCUGGUGGAGCCCAGCGUCACCUACUCGUGCCUGGUGCUCAACGCCGCGCUGCGCCAGCACGGCCACGCCUCGGUCACCAUCACGGGCCAGCCCCUGGCAUUCCCGGCGGUGGCCCUGUGGGUGACAGUGGCCCUGGCCGUGUGCGUGGUGGCCCUGCUGGGCGUCCUGGCCUUCGUGUGCCACCAGAAGAUCCGCGAGAGCUGCCGGGAGGACGAGGAGCGCGCGGGGCCAGAGGAGCGGGAUGAGGAGGGGGAGGAGCCCAAGACAGCUCUGCAGCUGCUGGAAAACACGGAGAGCAGAGAGGUUCCCUUUCGAUGUUUUCCCUCUCGAUUCCUUUCCCCGCCCAGCUCGGGAGCAGGAGAUCGAUUGACGGCAGCCCCGGAGCCCGGCCCCGCCCGCGCGUCCCGAGCGAGCGGCGACAUCCCCGGGGAGGUGACACCCCUGGGACAGUGACACCCCCGGGUCGGUGACACCCCCGGGACAGUGACACCCCCGGGACAGUGACACCCCCGGGACAGUGACACCCCUGGGACAGUGACACCCCCGGGACAGUGACACCCCCGGGACAGUGACACCCCCGGGGCGGUGACACCCCCGGGACAG